GUCAUUUAAGCUGCAGUUGCCACGGCCCCCUCCCCCCUCCCCAAUUCUGAGGUCUCCUGCUCCUACGUUUUUCUUUAUGGCCUCCCUUCCCUUGCCCUUCAGCUCCAACUAUGCACCUGAGUCCCCCCCAGGUGAUGCACACCGAUUUCCCAGCCAGGACUGGAAGCUGCUGUGAGCACCGCAGAGGGUGGGCAGGGCCUGGGGAGGGGAUGCGUCAGGCAGACUUAGGGGAAGAGGAAGUGUCCUGGGCCCCGGGGAAGACUGGCUUGUCUCAGUGGGUGGGGACGGUCAUUUGUCGGCUUUCUGGACACACAGAGACAGACAGGAUGGAUUUCCUCCGGCUCCAUCUCCCUGGGCUGCAUCAGGCCUUGAGGGGGGCAUUGGAUUCCCUCAGCACCUUUGUCUCCUACCUUAUGGGCGAUGAGGUCCCCACUGUAGAGAGGAGGGAGGCAAGGGCAGCUGAGGAACUGGGGGAGGUGGCUGCAGGAAGGCCAGAGGAGACUGAAGAGAAGGGAGCCCAGGAGGCCCUUGAGGGCCUUGGAGGCAGCCAAAACAAGGAGGGUGGAGGGCUGAGAGAGCCUAGAGAGGCUGGAAGGUACCAGGAGGGAGGUUCAGCUACAAAACAGACCUGGGAUUGGGAAGAAUGCAGCUCCCAUGGGUCUCAAGCAAACAGGCAGCUCACUGGGGCCUGGGAAGCAGCCAGGGCUGCCAGGUGCCAGGAGCCAAGUGCCCGCUUAGAGGCCAAAAAGACGUCUGAGGCAGGGUCUAAGGCUGGUCGAGACAACGGCAGCCAAACCCAGAAGAGUCGAGGGCCCAAUGAGCAGGAAGUGAACAGAGAGGAGACACGGAGAACCUGGGAACAGGAGGAGGAGGCGGAAGAGAUCAGGGAAGGGAAAACAGGGGUGGCCGGAAAGGCGGAGUCAGAGUGGACCUGGCAGAGGGAGCCCGAGGGGAAGGUAGCCGGGGACAGCAGGGAGUCAUUAGAGCAGGUGUUCAAGGAGGCAGUUGCAGAGGAGAUCCAGGCGCCUAGGGCCAAAGAGGCUGGGAAGGAAGGAGAGGUGAUGGUGGUCCUAAGGGGUAGCCAAAGCACAAGGGUAGAGAAAACAUGGGAGUCAGGGACAGAAUCUGAGGCUGGGACAACCUCAGGCAGGGAGGAGGAGGCCAGGACAGCCUCAGGCAGGGAGGAGGCAGAGACAACCUCAGGUGGAGAGGAGGAGGCCAGGACAACCUCAGGCAGGGAGGAGGAGGCCGGGACAACCUCAGACAGGGAGGAGGAGGAGGAGGCUGGGACAACCUCAGGCAGGGAGGAGGAGGCUGGGACAACCUCAGGGGGAAAGGAGGAGGCUGGAACAGCCUCAGGCAGGGAGGAAGAGGCUGGGACAACCUCAGGGGGAGAGGAGGAAGCCGGGACAACCUCAGGCGGAGAGGAGGAGGCCAGGAUAACUUUAGGCAGGGCAGAGGCCGGGACAACCUCAGUUGGGAAGGAAGGUAACCUCUCGGGAGCCAGGGAGCCAGAAUAUGGGGAAGUAGUCUCCGGAGAAAGGAUCUCAGAGGGCACUGGGAGGACCUGGGCAAUAGAGGAGGCCGCCAGGGAAGACCAGGAGGAGGAGGUGGAUGAGAAGAGAAAGGCUGAGAUGAGCGUUUCCUGCAAACAGAGCCAGGCUCUAGGAACUGAGGGCGUGGAGGAAGCAGUGAAGGACCAGCCGGCAGGGAGGGAGUCUGCAGGAGGCCAGGGGUCAGAGGGGGAGGGAGAGGGGUUUGAGGUCCAGGCAGAUCCGGACGGGGAAGAGGCCGAGGGGAGGCAAGCCUCAAUGAACAGGACUGUUGCCCUUGGUCUGGAGGAGGUGGUGCAGGCAGAGAAGGCCAAAGAGGAGGGAGAGAGUUGCUGGAUCGCCGAGGCUGAGUUGCCCAAGAACAAAGUGGCAAACGAGGCUGAAGGCGAUGCUGGCUUGGAGGCAACCCCGGAGGCCAGCCUUGAGAAGGAGUGCAGGGGGGAGAAGAGCGAGGGGGAGGCUCAGACAGGUAGAGAAGGGCUGGCGUUGGAGGGCAGUGGCCUUGAGCACGAGGUCACCGAAGGCCAGGACCCUGAGCUGAUGGCCGCUCCCCAGACCCCAACAGAGCAGCCUGAGGAAGGACUGGGGGAAGAGGAAGAGCCCCGAGGCAUUCCAGCCCUGAACAAAGAGGAGACAGAAAGGAGCCCGGAGGAAUACCCCAGAAACCUGGGGUAUGGAAAGCCUGGUGCCUCUGGGACUGAAGCCCAGAGGAGGGACUUGGAGGGAGGGGAUUCCCACAAAGAAAAAGCAGAUGCUGAAGAGGGGGAGGAGGAGGCUGUAGGAAGCCAGGCAUCAGAGGAGGCCGAGGAGGCCGAGGGUGGCCAAGAGUCUGUGCUCCCAGAUGUCCCGGAGGCAGGUGGGGAGUGGAAGAAAGCCGAGGAAGCAGGGUAUGGAGCAGAGGAGGGAGAGGCCCACGGAGCACAGAGCCAGGAGCCGGGUGGAAGGUUCAGCGCAGGGGCAGGGGCAGGUCGGGCACUGGGGGAGUCAGAUGCCCGAGACACCGAGGAUGAGGAGGCAGAGGCCACGGUGCCCUGCAGGGCAGACACGACAUCCAGCGGAGUCUGGGGGCUGGAGGAGGCGGCUCUGAGCCUCCAGGACAGCGAGGACACAGGGGUCAGUCCUUCGGCCGCUGAGAUAGCGGGGGACAAGGCCGAUGGGAGGGCUGCUGCGCCUGGGGGAGGGCCCAAAAGAGAGGCUGGGGAAGCUUGGGAAUCAGAUGGGAGGCAGGAGGCUGGGGGAGGAGAGGAGCUGGUGGAGGCUGCGUGGGAAAAAACCCGAGGGGGGCCAGAGUUUGGCCCGGAGGGCUCAGCAGACAUGGAGGUAAAUAGCAGAGGGGGCCCAGAAGAGGCUUUUGAGGCCGGAGACGGUGAGCCCAGGGGAGAGUGCGCAGAGGUCAAGGAAUCUGCAGUGGCAGAGGGAAGCUGUGGGAUGGACAGCUUUACCUGGGGUUCCCAGGUGGCGAGGGCAGAGGGCGCCACGGCCACCACGGUAGAGGCCGAGGGGCUCCCAGGAGGGCAGACGCCGCAGUGGGAACAGGAGGCUGCGGGAUGGCGGUUAAAGGAGCAGGGGCAAGGCGGUGAGGGGCAGCGUGGGGACCUCCACCCUGAGGAAGAGGCACAGAGGCCCCUUGACACGGAGGGUGUUGAGGUGACUGAAGACCAGAGGGCAGAGGCCGAGGAGAUUGUUCCAGAAGGCCCGGAGGACAUCCAGGGCCAAGAGGACCAGUCAACAUACCAGGAGCCUGGGCCACGUGGGGAGACGGCAGCAAGUACCGGAGGGGAUGCUCACGGCAGCUGGAGUGAGGCCCUGCUUCCUGGGUCUCGCCUGGACGUCUCUGUCUCGCGGAGCCGUGUACUCCUGUCUCGAAGCUCCUCGCAGCGUCGCUCCCGGCCCUCUUUCCGACGGACCCCCGCCCCUGAGCGGCAGGAGGAGCCUCCCAGCACCCCCCCUGAGGAAGAGCCGUCAGCCCCCGAGCAGAGACUUCUCCGGCCAGAGGAACCCCCAGAGGCAAGCCCCCCAAGGCCUGAAGGGACCCCACUGCCAGCCAGGAGAAGGCCCCUAGGACACGGGUUUGGCCUUGCCCACCCCGGCAUGAUGCAGGAGCUGCAGGCCCGACUGGGCCGGCCCAAACCCCAGUGAGCGCCCCGAGCCCCUGGGAGCCGGGCCCUGAAUGAGCGUCAGAAGGAUCCACCAAAUCCUGCUCGGCCUAUCUCCCUCCGCCACUUUGGACACACCCUUUUCCACCCUCUGGGCCUUGGUUUCUUGGUGUGUCAAGCUCGGAGCAGACAGAGGCAGACAUCCUCGAGAAGCGUGAACUGGAGGAGUCUGACUGCAAUGUGGCUGAUGGACACCCCCCCCCAACCCCUGGCCCCCUGGGAGCGCGCCCCUCACGGCCCAUCCUGAUCACGCCUCCGGCGCAUCUCUGCUGUCUGCAGGACCGAGGGGACGGGACAGUUCUCCUCACGGCCUUCCCUCCCCGACCUCUCCGGUCCCCACCCAGGCCUCCAGAGGGCAGUGCAGUGGGAACCCAAAGCUCGGCGGGGUGGGCGCUAGCCCGGAGGAGAGGGGUCAGGAGGCCCUCUGGACCUCCAUCUGCAACCAGAGGUUGUGGCCUUGAGCUUUGAAAAACUCACGGCUCUGCAGGUUACUGUGGCAACCACCAGCCCAGCAAGCCAGUCUGGGGGAAGGUGGGCCAGGAGCCCCCGAAAUUUAGGAGCAGAGAGGGGUCCAGGGUGGCCAGAGACUACAGACCCCCCCCCCCAGACCCUUUUGUCCUUUGGCGUCAGGCACCCCUUCUGGGAAAAGAAGCCGAGGCUGAGAGAGGAUGACAGUGCUUUAUUCGGCACCCCGCACGGUGGCCUAGCCCGGGGACAACUAGCCGGCUCUGAAACAAUAAAUAAACCAUCAUUUUCCUAAACAAUAAAUAAAUAUCCAAGAAAUAAA